UUGGUUCUCUUUCUCACUCUAUCACUUAACUUAUGGUUGAGCCUUCUUGUCUCCUUUCAACAAACACUGAUAGAAUCUUGAAAGAAAAGCCAUUAAUACAAAAAUGAUUAACUGUUUACACCCUGUUUGGAAGAACCCCAUCAUUCUUAGUUCCACUAAUUCACCAUUUUUCAACAAUUUGAGAAGUACCAAACAGCUCAACUACGGAAAAAAAUCAAGACUUUACAGUAAAAGAUCAAGAAUUGUGUGUGGGUUUCUUCCUGUUGAUCCAUGGGCACCAAAUGUUGAUUCACAGAGCAUAGCUUCACAGCUUUUUGCUUUUUCUAUUUUCCCUUAGCGAAGGUGCAUUAUGGAACUUCUCUGUCCAACGUGGAUUGGUUGCACGGAGGAGCUGAGUCACUGCUCACUUUAACCAACUUAUUCAUCGUGUUGGGGCUAAGAGAAGCUAUUCGGAAAGCUGAGAAUCCUGAAGCAAGCAAAACCGAUGAUGUCUCCCGAAUCAAAGAAGAGAAGAAAUCAUCAAUCUAGUUGACAUUAUCUAUCAUCCUUUGUUGUUUGUAGACAUUAGUAUUUCAGCGGUUCAAAGAAAAAUGUUGUUUCUCUUUGCCCGUCUGAUUUUGCUAGGUGUGUGCUGUCAGAAACGUGCUGCUCCAGACUCUCUGGUCCAUUGUAUUUUCACUAAGCAUAGCUUCAACGGUCCCAUUUUGAUGUGUCGUUAGAGAAAGAUUGUUGUAUAGAUUGCAUAAAUCGAUGUUAUGAAACAGUCAAUGAAUCACACAGUUUAUCACCA